GUGUGAUGAAAGGUGGUGGUUUAGAGAGGUUGGGUGUUGUGAGAAAGAAUCAUGUGGAUGCAUGUGCAUUGGGUUGGAGAACAUGCCCAAAGCAACAAGCAACACACUUAGGUACACCUGUCUCUCUCCCAUUCCCUUGGAAGCCUCCUUGGAAAUUGUGCUGUGGCCCCCACCUCCUAAUCCUUAAUGCAAACCAUAUAAAUUCUGCUCUCAUGCUGUGUCAUUUAUGCUAUGCCUCAACUUGAAAAGAGAGAAUAUUAUGGGAGUUUCUUCAUCACUUGUUUCCCUCUCUUUGAAAGAUCUGCUUCAGGGAACUGAAGAAAACAGAACUUCAUCAUAUUUGUGGAGCAAAGUGUUGGCAGCACAAGCCAAGAAGGGUACAAAGAGAGGUGUUAGGAGGCCAAGAAGGAUUUUGAUGAAGAGAAGGGGUGCCUCUAGAAGAGGCUCCAAUGGGAUUCGGCGACGUGUCAGGACAUUGAAGAGUCUUGUACCCAACAGUGACUCCUUGGGGUUGGAUGGACUCUUCAGAGAAACAGCUAGUUACAUAUUGUCUUUGCAAACUAGAGUGAAAGUCAUGCAGGUUAUGGUUAAGGUAUUGACAGGGUCUGAUGAGGAGUGAUUGGUUUGAUUGUAAAGACUAAUUAUGAUAUAAGAUUUUUGUUUCCUUGUGGCUUCUAGUACAGAAACAUUGAUUUCAGAUUUUAUCUGUAAUGUUUUAUGCCAUCUAGAUUUAGAUCAUCUCAUGUUGUCAAAAAGGAAUCAGUGCUACUGGCUUAUUACAGUCUUUGUCAUUAAUCACAUAUUUACUUGUUUUGAUCAA